AUGCCCUACGAUCCAUCAGCCCUUAGUGACGAGGAGGCCGCCUCGGAUGUCGAACUUGACGCUCGCUCGGCUACCUCCAGCACUAAGAAGCAGUCUCGCGACAAAAAGUCCGCCAAAUACACGAUUCCUGAGCCCGAGGACUUCGACGACGAGGAACAAAAUGGCGAAGACGCUGAGGAGGGCGCUGAAGACGACGAGGAAGGCGAUGUCGAGGAGGAUGUCUACGUCGUGGAGGAAAUCCUCGACCACAUGCUCAACGACGAUAAUGAGCCACUCUUCCUUGUGAAGUGGGAGGGUUAUGAGAAGAAGUCUGACCAGACAUGGGAACCUGAGGACACGUUGAGAGAGGGCGCGUCGGAGAGGCUGAAGGAAUAUUUCAUCAAGAUCGGUGGUCGCGAGAAGAUCUUUGAGGCGGCGGCCGCCGCUCAAAAGUCCAAGAAGCGCGGCAGGCCGUCUUCCAACUCUGGCACCCCGCAAGUAAGCAGCAACAAGCGGUCGCGGAAUAACGGUGACCAUCCCCUGGAUUCGGAUGAGCCACAGACAGCGAAGAACGCCGCUUGGAAGCCUCCAGCGGGAAGCUGGGAGGAACACAUUGCUCAGCUCGAUGCCUGCGAAGAUGAGGAUACCCACAAGCUCAUGGUUUAUUUGACGUGGAAGAAUGGCCAUAAGACCCAGCAUACAACCGAUGUCAUUUACAAGAGGUGUCCCCAAAAGAUGCUCCAAUUCUAUGAGCGACAUGUCAGGAUCAUCAAGAGGGAUCCGGACUCCGAGGACCGCGAGGCUAGCGUCUCGCACUAG